AAUGAGUCGCUUCUUGGAUCUAAACUUUCCCUUUAUUUCUUCAACUGAGUUUGGGCCUCUCAAUCGCCCAAGGCGUAUUAAUAUCUGCUCGCAGUAUUCAUUAAACAGAAUUGACGUUUCUCUCAUAAACCGAUCAUCUCUUCAACUUAAUAGAUAUUAUUACCCAGUUAAAGCCACCCUCACCACUACUACAACCAUGGCAGCCGAGCAAAGUGGCAGCACGAGCCCACCCUUGAAACUCUUAUUUGUAGAGAUGGGUGUUGGCUACGAUCAACAUGGGCAAGAUGUUACAGCUGCAGCUAUGAGGGCUUGCAGGGAUGCCAUCUCGUCCAAUUCAAUUCCUGCAUUUAGGAGAGGGUCUAUACCUGGUGUCACAUUUGAACAAAUGAAACUAUUGAUCAAGCUAGGAGUUCCUCAUUCUCUCCAGCAAUCUUUGGAUAUUGAGAGGGUCAAAUCAGUCUUUCCUUAUGGGAAAAUUUUGAACGUUGAGGUUGUUGACGGGGGACUAAUAUGCUCGAGUGGGGUGUAUGUGGAAGAAAUGGGAGACAAAAAUGACGACUGCUACAUAGUGAAUGCUGCAGUUUAUGUGGGAUACUAGAGUUUUAUUUUCUGGGAUCUCUUGUUGAGGCUUGCUGUGAUUAUCAUCCACUCUAUAAUGCAAAUGGGAUUUUGUUAUUUUGUCUGGUAGAUGGAAUUCUGGACUUUUCUGUCAUUUUCAAGUUGAAAAAAUAAACCACUGAGUUGGCACUUGGCUCCAUAGCUUCACGGACUAACUCUUUCAUUUUCACAAUAAUAUAUUGUCUUCACCGACUAAAUCGUCAAAUGCCAAAUAGUGAUUUUACUGUUAA